AUGUCUAUUGAGAUAGAAUCAGCUGAUGUUAUUCGUUUAAUACAACAAUACCUCAAGGAGUCUAAUUUAUAUAAGAGCUUGCAAAGUUUACAAGAGGAAACUGGCGUAUCUUUAAAUACCGUAGACAGCGUUGAUGGCUUUGUUCAGGAUAUAACAAAUGGCCAUUGGGAUACGGUUUUAAAAGUAACGCAAUCGCUUAAAUUGCCGGAUAAAAAAUUAUUAAAUUUAUAUGAACAAAUUGUAUUGGAAUUGAUUGAAUUGCGGGAAUUAGGUGCUGCGCGUUCGUUAUUAAGGCAAACCGAUCCAAUGAUUAUGCUGAAGCAACACGAACCCGAACGGUACAUACAUUUGGAAAAUAUGCUGCAGCGGGCUUAUUUCGAUCCUCGUGAAGCUUAUCCAGAAGGUAGUAGCAAGGAUAAACGACGUGCAAUCAUUGCUCAAGAGUUGAGUGGUGAAGUUCACGUGGUACCGUCUUCUCGCCUUUUGGCUUUAUUGGGUCAAGCAUUGAAAUGGCAACAACAUCAGGGCUUAUUACCACCUGGCACCACAAUAGAUUUAUUCCGCGGCAAAGCGGCGAUGAAAGAUCAAGAAGAAGAAAUGUAUCCUACACAAAUGUAUCGUCAAAUUAAAUUCGGACAAAAAUCGCAUGUUGAAUGUGCCCAAUUUUCGCCUGAUGGACAAUAUCUGAUAACGGGCAGCGUUGAUGGCUUUUUGGAAGUGUGGAAUUUUACAACAGGAAAGAUUAGAAAAGAUUUAAAAUAUCAGGCGCAGGAUCAAUUUAUGAUGAUGGAGCAGGCGGUUUUGGCUUUAUCAUUUUCGAGAGAUUCCGAAAUGGUGGCAUCUGGCUCCCAGGAUGGCCAAAUAAAAGUGUGGCGUAUUAUAACUGGGCAAUGUUUAAGAAAAUUCGAAAAAGCUCACACAAAAGGCAUAACAUGUUUGCAAUUUUCACGUGACAAUAGUCAAAUAUUAAGCGCUUCCUUCGAUUAUACCUUACAUCUGCAUGGUUUAAAGUCGGGUAAAAUGUUAAAAGAAUUCAAAGGUCAUACGUCUUUUGUGAAUGAGGCUACUUUUACACCCGAUGGUCACAGCAUAUUAAGCGCUUCAUCGGACGGCACUGUGAAAAUAUGGUCCUUAAAGACUACGGAAUGCUUAUCUACCUAUAAGCCUCUCGGUAAUGAAUUGGCUGUCAAUACUGUGCUGAUAUUGCCGAAAAAUCCCGAUCAUUAUAUAGUCUGCAAUCGUUCAAAUACUGUCGUCAUAAUGAAUAUGGCCGGUCAAAUUGUAAGAUCAUUCUCAUCGGGUAAAAGAGAAGGUGGUGCAUUUAUAUCAGCAACUUUAUCACCACGUGGUGAAUUCAUUUACUGCGCCGGUGAGGAUCAAGUAUUGUAUUGUUUUUCCGUUUCAUCAGGAAAAUUGGAAAGAACUUUAAAUGUUCAUGAGAAAGACGUCAUUGGCUUGACUCAUCAUCCACAUCAAAAUUUAUUAGCAACGUAUGGUGAAGAUGGCCUAUUAAAACUAUGGAAACCAUAAAUUUAGAUUUAAAUUUUUACGUUUUUUUUAAUAUAAUCA